CCAGCGCGAGCGGCGAGAGAGAGAGCGUGCGUCUGACAGCAGGGUCCUCCACGGAAAAGUCCUUCACAGCGCUCGGUUUAGGGGAAAAUGCGGCUGGGGAACGCUAUGCUGAAAGUCUGGUUUCUUGCAGAGUGCCAGUGAUGGAUGUUUAAGGAUGCUAUGGGAUUACUGUGCAGUGCUUCUAUGGAAUAAGCUUGCAGCAUGGAAUCUCAUGGAGAAAACAGGCUCAGCACUUGAACUCCAUCCAGCCCAUAGAGAGGACAACCUGGAAUUAGUCUCAUUAUCCUUUUAAACCUAUUCAGCUGAACUGGAACUGUGUUUACUUGAGUGACAAGUGUACAGAAUAAACCAUGCAUCUGGGCAGAGGACUGCUGUUUUUCCUUCUCCUAAACAGUGUGACCAUGAGUUUCUCUCUGUCGACCUGCACCACGGUGGACAUCGACCACAUCAAGAAGAAGAGGGUGGAGGCCAUCCGGGGUCAGAUCCUCAGCAAGCUGCGCCUGACCAGCCCGCCGCAGACCCUGGGCCACAGUCAGGUGCCCUAUCAAGUGCUGGCCCUCUAUAACAGCACUAGGGAACUGCUGGAGGAGUUAGGGCGAGACCGACAUCAGAGCUGCGGCCAGGACAACACCGAGACCGAAUACUACGCUAAAGAGAUACACAAAUUCAACAUGAUCCAGGGCUCCCCUGAAAACAAUGACCUUCCCUACUGCCCCAAGGGAAUAACGUCCAAGGUUUUCCGCUUCAACGUCUCCAGCAUGGAGAAGAACGCCACCAACCUGUUCCGGGCAGAGUUCCGUGCGCUGCGUGUGCCGAACUCCAGCGCCAAGAGAAACGAGCAGCGCAUCGAGCUCUACCAGAUUCUUCGUCCCGAUGAACACAUCGCUAAGCAGCGUUACAUCGUUGGCAAGAACGUUCUGACUAAAGGAACGCCGGAGUGGGUUUCCUUUGACGUCACUGAGACCGUACGGGAGUGGCUCAUGUAUAGAGAGACCAACCUCGGCCUGGAGGUCAGCGUUCACUGCCCGUGCCACACGUUCAGCCCCAACGGAGACAUCAUUGAGAACGUCAACGAGGUGUUGGAGGUCAGAUUCAAAGGGAUGGACAGCGAGUACGAGGAGCAGAACCGCUGGGAUUUGGGUCGACUAAAGAAGCAGAAGGAGCAGCUUCUCCCUCAUCUGAUCCUGAUGAUGCUGCCGCCACACCGGCUGGACGUGCCGCCCACCUCUAGACGACGCAAACGUGCGCUGGACACCAACUACUGCUUCUCAAACUACGAGGAGAACUGCUGCGUUCGGCCGCUGUACAUCGACUUCCGGCAGGAUCUGGGCUGGAGGUGGAUCCAUGAGCCGAAAGGGUAUCAUGCCAACUUCUGCUCCGGGCCGUGCCCAUACCUCCGCAGCGCUGACACCACGCACAGCUCGCUGCUGAGCCUGUACAACACGCUGAACCCCGAGGCGUCCGCUUCCCCCUGCUGCGUUCCUCAAGACCAAUAA